CUUAUAUCGAUGCGCCCCUUUCGAGAUACUUCAGGGGCCCGUCGUAGAAAUAAUGGGGCAUCACAAGAACGACAAUCACUUCUACAAGAAGAAGAAAAGGACGACGAAAAAAUGGACAAUAUUAGCAAUAAAAAUUUCAUUAUUAAUAAUAUUUCUGGAACUGAUUAUUCAUCAAAACAGGAAAAAGAAAGGUUAUCUCUUAUUGAUGGACCAGCUUCACUUGACACUUCAUCUAUUCAUCAAAAUUCUUCAUCAAAAAGUACUCCAUUACCAUUUAAACACCUUAAACACGGCAAAAAUGAUUAUCGUCAUGUUCCGCAUACUCCAGAAGAUUUGAUGGCACACGAGCCCAAUUUUGGUGGAAAUGCACAAUUAGGAUUUUAUUAUCCAGAAUCUGCAGAUGACGAUAGUUAUGACGAGGAUAAUGAAAAUUUAAAGCCUGAUGAGGCUAUUAUAUUUGCGAGGAAGGAGUCAAUAAGUAAGCCACUACGAUGGGCACAACGUAUGAGAAGAGAAUUAAAAGACGAUUUUGGAUCAAUUUUGUUGUUACUUUUGCUUUAUCUUUUACAGGGUAUACCAUUAGGUUUAAUAGGAGCAAUUCCAUUGCUUUUACAAUCAAAAGGAAUUACUUAUGCACAACAAGCAGUUUUUUCUUUUGCAUAUUGGCCGUUUAGUAUGAAAUUAUUAUGGGCACCAAUUGUUGAUUCAAUUUACUUCAAAACUAUAGGACGUAGAAAAUCCUGGAUGGUUCCUUGUCAAUAUUUAAUUGGAAUUUUUCUGUUGGUUGUUUCUUAUCAUGUCCCAGAAAUUAUGGGAUCGGAAGAGGAUCGUGGGACAUUUUGUCCACUUGGGGAUUUUCAAUUUUUGGGAGGAAUAUUUUGUGUUGAAAAACCCCCCAAUGUUUUCUUUCUAAUGUGUGUUUUUCUACCUUUAAACUUUUUGGCUGCUACACAAGAUAUUGCUGUUGAUGGUUGGGCAUUAACUAUGUUAUCUAGAAAAAAUGUUGGAUAUGCUUCUACUUGUAAUGUUGUUGGUCAAACAAUUGGUGUAUUUUUGGGAAAUGUUGUGUUUUUAGCUUUACAAUCUAAAGAAUUUGCUAAUCGUUUUCGAGCUGUGCCAGAAGAAAAAGGAUUUGUUCAAUUGGAUGGAUUUGUCUUCUUUUGGGGCAUUAUUUUUCUAAUUACUACAACUCUUGUAUUUAUUUUUAAACAUGAAAUUGAUCAUUCUGUUGAACAAAAUCCUUCCUCGACAGCAGAAAAUGGCAAUAAAGGAAGUGAUGAAGAAAAAGAAAAAUGUGAAGAAGAACUUUCUUUGGGUGUUAAAGAGACUUAUACAGUUUUGGCUAAAAUAUUAUGCCUUAAACCAAUGCUUGUAAUGAUUGUUGUUUUGCUUACUGGAAAGAUUGCGUUUGCUGCUUCUGAUGGAAUGACUGAUUUAAAAUUAAUAGCUGUCGGAAUAACAACAGAUAAAAUAGCUAGCAGAUCUUUAUUUCUUACUCCUUUACAUAUUGUACUUCCUUGGCUAUUAGGUAAACAAACUGCUGGUCCUAAACCUCUCAACGUCUUUCUUUGGGCAUACCCUUAUCGUCUAAUAAUGGGUGUUGUGUUUGCUUUACUUGUUUAUUGGACUCCUUCAUUUAAAGAAUCAUCUGGCGAUUAUUCCUAUUUUUAUUAUGCAAUAUGGAUGGGGGCUUACUACCUUCAACAGAUAGCUUCUUAUUGCAUAUUUCUUUCAAUGAUGGCUUUUAACGCGCAAAUAUCGGAUCCAAAGAUUGGUGGAACAUAUAUGACAUUAUUAAAUACCUUAAAUAAUUUGGGUGGAAAUUGGCCAGUAACUCUAUUUUUGAGCAUCACAGAUUUUUUCAAUCGAAAAAAUUGUGUUGCUACAGGGACAAAAUUAAUUCUUGGUGCAUGUAAUACCAAAAAAGAUGAAGAAAUGUGUGUUAAAGGUGGUGAUGUUUGUGAAUUUCAUAUUGAUGGUUAUUACAUUUCUGUUGGAAUAUGUACUAUAAUUGGUUUAUUGUGGUAUAGAAUAUUUUAUAGACGUAUUAAAUAUUUCCAAAAAAUUCCGAGACAAGAAUGGAGAGUUAUUAAAAAUAAAUAA